UUUUUUUAAAACCAUAUAGAAAAUGGAGUCUGGAACUUCCAAGAUCUUAACAGAUUGCGUACGAUUGUUAUCGACCAAAUCUUAUGAGUCAUAUCCACAGAAUACACAGCAUCCAGCAGCUAAAUUUGCCCUGCAUCCGGACAUAAAGUACUUCCGUAGCAUUAAAGAUGAGAAUCAUUUUGAAUACCAUCGGACCAAAAAUGGGAUAAGGAAUACACAGACAAGAAAAGUUCCAGAGAUGAUGGGGAAGGUGCUUGGAGAGUCUGUUGCCAGAAACCAAACAGUGUUCAAUCCACAUGACCGCACUCUACUUCUACAACGAAUCUCAUCAUUCACAGCAUUAAAUUGGCGUAUACCAAAUCUAAAAAUCGCGUCAUUGACACAAUUAUUAUGUGCUCAAAAUGGUUGGAAGUGUACACGUAAGAAGAAUACUAUCGAGUGUACGUAUUGUCAUGCUCAGUUACAACUUAAAUUUAAUGAUGAAUCUGAGCCAACUGAGGAUAUAAACUCACAUACAUAUCUUCCAUUUGACUUUGAUGAAGAAGAUUAUCAAGCAUUAAACUCGGCAUUAGCUGAAGAAUAUUGUAAACAAAUUUCAAAAUCUGCUCAUGACUCAAAUUGUUUAUGGAGAACUUAUACGACCCCAUUGGAAGGUGUCUAUUAUCCUACACCACAUUUAGAAGAUACCGAUGCCUUCAUGGUUGACGAUUAUCUUUCCAAUCUCAAAGAGUUGGUCGAUAAUGUUGACUUACUUACUACUUAUGGCUCAAAUUCGUUAAACACUAAAUCUUUAUCUGAUAUACUUCCUGAGAGUUUCAAAUUAAAAUCAAAUGAGCUCUUACUGGAACGUUACUAUAAAGAAAAUCAAGAAAAUCAUCAACUCAGUGUAAUUCCUGGUUGGAUUUACCUCACGGCGCUGCUUGGCUGGAACUUGCACGUACAGACUUUUGCUGGUCAAGUGGUGUUACUUUUAAUCUGUAGCAAAUGUAAUGGUCGAGUCUAUAUGGAUACUUCCAGUACACCAACCCAUUGCAGCGACAAUGUUAAUUGUGAGAAUGUUUCGUCGUCUAAUAUCCUCACUCCUUGCGAAUAUCCUCCAUUAUUACCUGAACAACCGUCCAGUAUAUACGAUAUGGAUGAUUCUGAUUCAUUGAAAGUGGAUUUGUUCGAUGAACACAAGCCUUGGUGUUCUCAUUUGCAUUGUAUGGAUGGCAAAACUGUUCAAGAAUAUCUUAUAGAAAUAAUCACAGAAAGAAGUCUGUCAGAAAUAAAGCAGGAUACGAAAAGAAAGGCUAAUUUUGAUAUAAACGAAGGAUUGGAUAGAUUGCAUAAACUUAGAAAAUUGUAUUUAUAGAAAAUGGGAAGAAAAUGGUGUCAGCGGAUCUAACAACGCCAAUUACAUUUGCUGUAAUAAGGGAA